AUGGGCCGGACACUGCUUCUGAAGAAUGCCGACAUCCUUGUCACGAUGGAUGACGAGCGCCGUGAAAUCGAAAAUGGCGGGCUCUUUGCCGAAGACGGAAUGCUCACACAGGUCGGGCCCACCGAGGAACUGCCGAAGACCGCCGACAAAGUGAUCGACGCGACCGGCCAGAUUGUUCUGCCGGGUUUCGUCAACACUCACCAUCACCUCAACCAGACGCUCACGCGCAAUCUUCCCGCAGCGCAAAACAACAACCUCUUUCCCUGGCUUCAGGCCCAUUACCGGAUCUGGGCGAAGACCCACCCGGAAGCGUCCCGAAACAGCGCUCUCGUCGGUCUUGCAGAACUUGUGCUGUCGGGCUGUACCACUGUUUUCGACCAUUCCUAUCUCUUUCAGAGUGGCAACAAGGUGGACUAUCAGAUCGAAGCGGCCCGGGAUCUCGGUGUCCGUUUCCAUGCAAGCCGUGGCUCGAUGUCGCUGGGCGAGAGCAAGGGCGGAUUGCCGCCGGACGACUGUGUUGAGGAAGAAGAUGACAUACUGAGAGACAGCAUCCGGGUGAUAGACCGCUAUCAUGAUGCGUCCCCGGGAUCGAUGACCCGGAUUGUGGUCGCUCCGUGUUCGCCGUUUUCGGUGUCGGAAGACCUUUUGAGGGAAAGUGCACGCCUGGCGCGUGACAAGGGCGUCAUGCUGCACACGCAUCUGUGCGAGACGCUGGAUGAGGAACGCUACACCCUUGAGCGUUUCGGCAAACGUCCCGUGGAGUGGAUGGAAGGUCUUGACUGGACCGGCCCCGAUGUCUGGUUCGCCCAUGCAAUCCAUGUCGACGACGAGGAAAUUCGCCUGUUCGCGGGCACCGGCUGCGGGGCGGCACACUGCCCAUGUUCCAACAUGCGGCUUGCCUCGGGUAUUGCGCCGGUCAAGAAGUAUAUGGCAGCGGGUGUGAAGGUGGGGCUGGGUGUUGACGGCUCUGCCAGCAAUGACGGGUCCAAUAUGCUUGGAGAAGUGCGACAGGCCAUGCUGCUCGCCAGACUGCAGCUGGGACUGAUGCCACCCGAAGGCCCCCGGAAGCAUGCACUGCUGCCGCCUUCACAUCCGUUGCGCGCUGGUGAAUGGAUGACUGCGCGGGAAGCUCUGGAACUUGCCACGAGAGGCGGCGCCGCGGUGCUGGGUCGGGACGAUAUUGGUUCUUUGGAAACAGGCAAGUGUGCUGAUUUCUUCACCCUGGAUCUCAACACGCUUCAAUUUGCAGGCGGACUGCAUGAUCCCGUCGCUGCGGUCGUCUUUUGUUGCCCGCAAGGGGCUUCAACAACCGUCGUCAACGGCAAGGUCGUGGUCGAUGACGGGCAGAUCGUCACAAUGGAGAUGGGCAAGGUCGUCACCGAUCAUAACCGGAUGAGCCUCGAACUUGCCGCGGGACACUAG